CACACACACACACACACACACAGUUUCUUAUUCUAUCUUCCUUUUGGAGUCUGCAACAAAAACCUCUUUCAACUUUUACAUCACCCCCUCCUCCAAAAUCAAAACCUCCCUUCCUUCCCAUACAUGCAUCACAUGAAUAUGCCGCUAUAGCUAGAGAAUAUCAAGAGUCUGUGCAUCUUUAGAUAGAUAGAUAGAUAUGUAGAGAGAGAAAGGGAGAAUAUAUAACUAUAGCUAGCAUGAGUUUCAAUUCUUUAGGCAAAAGAGGAAAAAACCAAAGGAAAGAGAUUAUAGUAAGAGGGGCUUAUCGCAUGUUUGCUUCACGCAAGCAACUAAAUAUGUGGGGGUUAACCCUUUCCUCCCUCGCGUGGCUUUAAAGACUUCUUCUAACCUUUUUAAAUUCAUCAUUAAAAUAUUAACCCCUCACCAAACCCUAAAUUCCUUCAACACAAUCACCACCGUUCCUUUUCUUCUUCUUCUCCUUCUUCUCCUUCUUCUUCUCUUCUUCUUCCUUUUCUUCCUCUAAUACAAAACCUUUUUCAUUAACCUAAUCACAUGCCUCUCAACCCCUUCUCAUAAAACCUCAUAAUCUUACACCAGUCAUAUUUCAAAAAAAAAAAAAAAAACACAACCCUUUAAAAAAUGAGUAUAAAUUCUAGUUGUAGCGGAAGUGGUGGUGGUAGUAGUAGCGGCGGCGGCAGCAAUAGCGGUGGCGGUAGCCCAUGUGGGGCAUGCAAGUUUUUGAGGAGAAAGUGCGUGCCAGGUUGCAUCUUUGCUCCAUACUUUGAUUCAGAGCAAGGUGCCACGCAUUUUGCGGCGGUGCAUAAGGUUUUUGGAGCUAGUAACGUUUCCAAGUUACUCCUUAACAUUCCAGUGCAUAAGAGGCUUGAUGCGGUUGUCACCAUUUGUUAUGAAGCACAAGCAAGGCUUAGAGACCCCGUGUAUGGUUGUGUUGCUCAUAUCUUUGCUCUUCAGCAACAGGUGGUGAGUUUGCAAGCAGAACUCUCAUACUUACAAGGCCACCUUGCAACACUAGAGUUACCCCAACCACCACCACCUUCUUCACCACAAGCAACCAUAGCACCACCAGUGAUCUCAAUAGCUGACCUCCCAUCAGCCCCUGCCUCCACCGUGCCAGCCACAUAUGACUUAUCUUCACUUUUUGACCCAAUGGCCCAAAAUUCUUCAUGGGCCAUGCAGCAAAGGCCCAUAGACCCACGUCAAUAUUUGGGUAGUGGCCCAUCAGCCUCUAGUGGUAGUGGUGGUGAUCUUCAAGCCUUGGCUCGUGAGCUUUUGCAUAGACAUGGAUCUGCCCCUGUUGCAUGCUCUAAUCCCUCUUCAUCUCACUCCCUUUCCAAAUGAUCAAUCUUUGAUUUAAUCAACUAAUCUUUGUCUUCAGUUGACAUAUGGAAGACUAGGAAAAGAGAUCUUAAAUUUUCAAUGUCUCAUAUGAGAAAGUAAUUAUAAUAAUAUAUGGUUCUUUAUAUCUUUUAUUUCACCCUCCUUUCUUUAGUUAUUAGAUUUUAAAUGCUAGUGAAGUGAUAUAUGUGGCUUAUGAAU